AUGCGUUACGUGGAGAGCUGCUCUUUGAUAAGAUUUGAUCCUGAAGAUAUCAACGUUGGAUAUGGAUCCGCAAGAGAUGUUAGAAGCGAGUUGGGUACUGAAGACGAAUUGGACGUUCCUGCGGAGCCUGGAUCAGUGUAUGAAAGCGAGGUAGAUUCUGACAGCGACUUUGAUGACGACACCAGCGCGUUCCUACAAGACGACACCGAUAUGCGUCAACUCACAGCCACGGGUUGGGAUAUCUACGAUGAGCAUCAUUCCGGUGAUGUGGUGUUAGAUGCAGCGGAGUUGUACGACGGAAGUUUUGGUCCCACCAGACCUGCCGCUGCGUUCGCCGAGUCUCCUUUGGGAAUUUUCUUCUAUUUUCUUCCCAAGAAGAUGAGGUUUGCGAUUGCAAAGGAGUCUAACGCGUAUCGAGAGGAGUGUAUUCCUGCUGUGGCGAAGGCGCAACGAGGCAAGCAGCUACAGGCUCAGCGCAGGGAUCCUCUGAAGUCGGUUCAACCUCUUGAAGUCUUAGAAGAGAAGAUGCGCAAGGACGGUGCAGUGCCACGCGGUACCUUCUCCAGAUACAUGAAACGUGAACGAUUUCGGUUAGUUACCCGGUACUUGCACUUCACCAAAACCGACCCUGCUGCCGCAGCCACAGACAAGGCUUGGAAAGUUCGGCCCAUUCUUCAGGUUCUUGAAAAAACGUUUCGUCGUGGCUAUCGGCUGGGGCCUCGCAUCAGUUUUGAUGAAGGAACCAUAUCUAACAGAAGUAAGUUCAACCCUGUGUGCGUCUAUAAUGAGAAGCCUCACAAGUGCGGGACUAAAGUGUACAUGACGUGCUGCGCGGAGACCGGAUACUGUACUCGGAUGGCAGUGUAUCACGGCGCUGUAGAGAACUCGAAAGGUGUGACACAGAAGGCAGUUAUCAGGAACGUGACUAAGGCGCUUGAUGGCCAGGCCCAUAAAAGGCUUAUCAUCGUCGACAAUUUCUACACGUCGUGUGCUCUAUUGCUGGAGUUAUUGGACAAGGAUCUCUACUACGUCGGAACCCACCGCAACGAGCGGCUUGGGCCACCCAAGCCGUUUGCUUUUACACAAAAGAAAAGACCGAAGACUAUGCCCCGAGGCUUGUAUCGAAUUGCACACGCGCGUGAUUACCCUGGCCUCGUUACACUGAGCUGGAUGGACAGCAAGCCUGUCGCGCUACUCGCGACGGGAUGCUCUACAGUUCCAACGACUGUAAUGCGUAGAGCGAAGGGGGAGACAGAGCGUGUUGCGGUACCGUGCCCGCAGCUUGUGGUUGAUUACCACCAAGGUAUGAGCGGAGUAGAUCGCCACGACCAACUCCGCCUACAGCGCUAUUCAAUCCAGCUUACGGUGGCCUUCAAAAAGUACUAUCGGCAGCUCUUCAUGGGUUUUGUGGACAUGGCGAUAGUCAACGGUUUUAUUUUACUUAAAAUUAUUCUCAAGCAAAAAGGGCAGCCAGUGCCAACACACGCGCAGUAUAUGCGCCGACUUCAUACCGAGCUUUUGGCCACGAACGAAGCCACACUGCGCGCAAACACCAACGCCGAGGACCUCGUUUCUGAGCCUAUUCACACGCAACCGCACAGACUGCGAAACAAUGAGGAAAAAUACAAAGGCAAGAAGCGAAGGAAAACCAGAGAUGGAUCAACCGCCAGUAACCUCCAGCGUAAAGGGAAGAAGCGUAAGGGCAAGCGCCGCCAGCACUUGUGCAAAGUUUGCUCAGCCUUGGCAACUCCCCAGACAAAGAGCUUCGAAACCAGUUACUACUGCGAGCAGUGCACAUCAAACUUCGGAGGCUACGUGCCUCUAUGUAACAAGGUUCGCCACGAGGAAACCGGCAACACGCUCACAUUCGGCCAAAUAUGGCACGAAUUGUGGCGCAACGGCACUGCCAUCCCUGCUCACCUCAAGAAGCGUAUUCGCAUCCGCAAGCGAAAGCACUUCGAGGUUUCGAGCGACAGCGACGACGGCGGCAGCGACGCGAAUGAGGAUUGCGUGGAUAGCCAGGAUAGCGAGUAA